AUGAAGCUCGCCAAGUCCUACUUCCAGCGCGCGUCCGAGGCGGGCCACGCGCGCGCGCAGUUCUUCCUCGGAGAGAUCUACGAGACGGACCCGCGCGUCGGGAACCGCGUCGCCGCCGAGGAGUACGCCAAGGCCGCGGCCCAGGGCCACACGAGAUCGCACUACAUGCUCGGGCGCCUCUGCCUCGGCGGCCUGACCAAGGGCGAGCCGCCGAGCGACGACGACGUCGAGCGCGGCCGCACGCACCUCCUCGAGGCGGCCAAGGCGGACCACGCCAAGGCGAAGCUCGCCCUCGGCGUCCUCUACCAGACGGGCCAGGGGCCCGUCGCGCCCGACGAGGCCGAGGCCGUCAAGUUCCUCCGCGAGGCCGCGCUCGCGGGCGACGACAUCGCCCAGCGCAAGAUCGCCGCCUACUACAAGCGCGGCGUCGUCGACUCCUGCCCGUCGAGCUGGCGGAGCCACCCGACGUCCCUGCCCGAGUCGCGCUAG